AUGGCAACUAAUUUGGCUGCACCGAAGUUUUCACCGCAGAAGCGGGCGAAGCGUGAGCAGGCGGCGUUGGGAGUGAGCGUCUUCGAGGUGGUCUGCUAUGCAUCCGAUGCACAGCUCAUCUUCGAUAUGGAGCCUGGCAUUCCGCUUUACCUUGUGGAUGUUUCGCAGCCUGGAAAACCAAGCCCUUGGUAUGCCUUCAGGGAUCGAUUCGAACAAUUUCUGGGAGAAGGACAUGCUGCAGACUUUGGAUCAUCCCUGUCGCAACUGGAUGAAGAAUCACAGAUUCACCUGUCUGCGGAGAGCAUCGCUCCUUGGCGGACGGGCCUGUAUGUUGGUGGGAAGGACAAUCUGAUCCCAGCGCUCUGGUUGUUGGAGCAGUUCCUGACAUGGCGCGUGGGCUGUGAAGAUUAUUCUGGUGGCAUGCCUGAGGUAGCGAUCAUUCUUCGCACGUCAGUGGACAUCACGCCCUGGGUGCAGACGUGCUCGCUGCGGCUGAAGGUGGAGCAGAAGGACUUCGAUCUGGAACAUGCGAAGAAGUUGGUUGCCCCAACGUGGAGCGGGCAUCUGAGGAUUACAGUUGUUGGCAAGGGCACGGAUGGUGGAUGUCAUGCAGAGCUGCGAGGGCCUACGUGGCAGUUGCGCGAUAUGUUCGCAAACUGGUCAGGACACUAUGAGAGAAAGGACGGCACGGUGCUGAUGGCACGAGAGAUGGGUGCUAUGUAUUGCAGACAAAGCCCUCAAAUGACCGAACAAGUGAUGGUCUCGGUUCUGAUCGAGUUGACGAAGAAGGUCUAUGUGAGGAGCAUGGAGUUCAAAGGUAGCCUGAGGACUGAGACAAUUCAAGCUUUGAGGUGA